AUGCCUUUUCUUUUGCCUCACUUUUUUCCCCUUCCCUUCGAUACACAAAUUUUCCCCUUUCCUUAGAUACACACCUUCAAUCUCACUCCUCCUCCACUUUCCGACAAUGAAAACCACCAUUUCACACACUUAAAAACACACACACAGUACUGCAUUUUCCAAUUCAAUGGCAGCAGUAUCAACAACCUGUCCAGAUUCAUCAUCACACAUUUUACUCACACACUUUCUUUCUCCAAACAAAAAAAAACUCACUUAUCACUAUUUUGGCCCUACCAACAAACCACCAAAAGCUAAUCGUUUUUCUAGGGUUUCAUUUUUGAGGCAUAAUAGAGGCGUUUUAGUUUGUGUUAAUGGCCGUGGAAUCACUGAUGAUGUUCGUGUUGUUAAUCAUAAUCAUAAUGUGAAUUCGCGAUCUUCGGCUUUUGUUGAAAUUCCUGUUACGUGCUACCAGAUUCUUGGUAUUCCUGAUAAAUCAGAAAAAGAUGAGAUUGUUAAGUCCAUGAAGCAUCUAAAAGAUGCUGAAAUUGAAGAAGGGUACACGAUGGAUACUAUUGUAUCACGCCAGAAUUUAUUAACGGAUGUGCGUGAUAAGCUUCUUUUUGAAGCAGACUAUGCUGGUAAUCUAAGGGAAAAAGUUCCGCCAAAGUCGUCUCUUCAAAUUCCAUGGUCCUCAUUGCCAGCUGCACUUUCUCUACUUCAAGAGGUUGGAGAAGAGAAGCUUGCUCUGGAUAUUGGUCGAACAGCACUGCAACACCAGGAUUCUAAGCCUUUUAUUCAUGAUUUACUUUUAUCAAUGGCUCUUGCGGAGUGUGCUAUAGCAAAAUUAAACUUUGAGAAGAACAAGAUCUCUCAAGGAUUUGAAGCUUUAGCUCGUGCUCAGAGUCUUCUUAAGAGUAAACCUUCACUUGAGAAGAUGACUUUGUUAUCUCAGAUUGAAGAAUCUCUGGAAGAGCUUGCUCCUGCCUGUACUCUGGAGUUGUUAGGCUUGCCUCAUACACAAGAAAAUGCCGAGAGGAGAGUAGGGGCAAUUGCAGCCCUUCGUGAACUGCUUAGACAGGGCCUAGAUGUUGAAACUUCAUGUCAAAUAGAAGACUGGCCAUCUUUCUUGAAUCAAGCUUUAACUAAGCUCAUGGCUACAGAAAUCGUUGAACUUCUUCCAUGGGACAGUCUAGCUAAUACACGCAAGAACAGGAAGUCACUUGAGUCACAGAAUCAAAGAGUUAUAGUUGAUACAAGCUCUUUGUAUACUGUAAUGAUGGCUCAUUUGGCUCUUGGGUUCUCAAGAAAGCAAAUAGAGAUGAUUAAGAAAGCAAAAGCUAUAUGUGAGUGUUUAAUGGCAUCAGAAGGUGUUGAUUUGAAACUUGAAGAAGUCUUCUGUUUGUUCCUUCUAGGACAGGGUGAUGAGUCUGUGGUGAUUGAAAAGCUGCAGCAAGUUGAGUUAAAUUUAAAUUCAACUUCCAGAACGUUGAUAUCAGGGAAAGAUCCCAAGGAUGCUUCAAAUGCAAAGAAGUUACUUGAAUCAUGGGUCAAUGAUGAUAUACUUGGCUUGUUUCCAGACACAAAGGAUUAUUCUCCAUCUGUGAAUAACUUUUUUGGUGGUGAAAAAAAGGCGUCAGAAAACAAACAUAGAAAACGAACCACACAAACGUCACCUGGUCUAAGCCACAGGUCAAUUUCCCCUUCUCUUUCAAGUGAGUGGCGAACUCUUGAGGAUCAGACAUCUACUUCUCCACGUUUAGGGUCAACUGUGAAGCAGUUGACUCCAUCUGAUUUGCAAGGCCCACUAAUAGCAAACAGUAUCAAAGCAGAAAGCUACCCAGCAGUUCAAUUGAAGAGAAAUUUGGGUGCAAACUACAAUAAAGUUUGGGAAGUUUGGUUGGAUCCAAAUAAUGCAGUUAGGUAUAUGGGCUAUGUGACAGCAACAGCGUGCUUAUUGUUUGCCACAUUUAAGUUAACAGGUGUUCGGUUUUGGAGCCCACGGAGGACAUCUAGGUGGGUCAAUGGUGAACCAAGGGUGAACACAGGUUCUCUUACUCAUGGCAUCUGGGGAUCUGCUUGUAGUAAAGGGAAUAUUAUUGCAGAUAUGCUAAGGCAAUUGCCAUUAAUGCAAAAGAAACGGGUCAUUAGUGGAUUUGACAAUGGAGGUUUACAAGAUUCUAGCAAGACUGUAAGUUCAGUUUCCUCUAAGCGAUUGAUGAACGUUGAAGAAGCUGAAACUCUUGUUAAGCAAUGGCAAACUGUUAAAGCUGAAGCUCUUGGGCCUAAUUAUCAAGUUCAUCAUCUUGUUGAUGUUCUUGACGACUCAAUGCUUACUCAGUGGAUGGGAUUGGCUGAAUCAGCAAAGGAAAGGUGCUGCUUUUGGAGAUUUGUUUUACUGCAGUUGUCUAUUAUCCGAGCAGACAUUCUGUUGGAUGGAAUGGGCAAGGAAAUUGCGGAAAUAGAGGCUCUUGUUGAGGAAGCAGCUGAGCUUGUUAAUGAAUCUCAUCAGAAGAACCCAAAUUAUUACAGUACAUAUACCAUCCUUUAUUUGCUGAAGAGGCAAGACGAUGGAUCAUGGAAAUUCUGUGAAGGUGACAUUCAAACCCCAUCAUGACCCUCACUGUUAAUUGGCACUCACUCAGGAAGGUAUAGAUCCAUUCUUUCUAACUAGAUGCUCGCUGGUUUUCCACUUAGUCUCAUUGUAGUGACAGUGAUUAGAUGGCCGCUCGACUAAAAGUGAGAAGGGAUCAAGAACAUUCUUGUUUCUUUUUGAAAGGCCUUUGACUCACUAAUUAGUUAAUUUUUUUCAUUUUUUCUUUCAUCUCAAUGUAGUGGAACAUUGUUGUGAUUUAGCUGUUUCAAAAAUGUAUAUAAGGUGGUUUUUUCAUAGGCAAUGACAUUUUUUCUUA